ACGUUCCCCUUUUCUAAUACAAAAAUUGUUCCAGUCCACCAUCGGAAAUUUGAAAAAAAUUCAAAAGUUGAGGUCAGGAGACCUGCUUUUACAAACAUCCUCACCCCAACAAUCGGCAAAACUUUUGUCAACAAAGACCUUGGAAGAUAUAGAAGUCAUUAUCACACCACACGUGAGUUUAAACUCAUCACGUGGUGUGAUAUCUGAAGCAGAUUUGAUGUCUGAAAGUGAAUCAGAUAUCCAGAUAGGCCUUUCAGACCAAGGUGUCACUGCCGUCAGACGCAUCUCUAUCAGGCGCGAUGGCAAGUUGAUACCUACAAAACAUCUUAUAAUCAUGUUCAACAAGCCAACAUUGCCAUCUUCCGUUGCAGCAGGAUAUCUCCGUUGUCAAGUUCGCCCAUACAUUCCAAAUCCGCUGCGUUGCUUUAAAUACCAGCGGUUUGGACACUCACAAACAUCCUGCCGUGGGAAAAGUGCAUGCGCCCAGUGUGGAAAAGAAGAUCAUGACAGUACUGAAUGUACAACUACUCCAUGCUGCGUCAACUGCAAAGAAGCUCACCCUGCCUACUCCCGAAAAUGUCCUACAUGGCAAACAGAAAAAGAGAUACAGCGGGUGAAGACUAUAAAUAAUAUACCUUACCCGGAGGCACGUCGCAUGGUCACUUUAAGUGCACCAGUGAGACAGAAGACAUUUGCUGCUGUUCUAAAAUCCACAAAGAUAUGUGGAGUUCAGAUAGACAUUUCUGUUUCACCAAAUGAAUCGCUAACACGCCAUGCAAAAUGUUUGUUGAUACAAUCUACCCAAACAGCAAAAAAGGAGAACAAGAAAAGCAAAACGCCCCUACCUAAAACAGGGAUAACAACCAGGAAUGUGUGUUCUAAAAAAGCUAGUACACUAAACAAACAGAGUGAAAGCAGCUCUCUCUAA